AAAUAAAGUUCAUCAUUUAUCUUUACAUCUUCCAUUACCUUAGCAAUGUUUGUCUUUGAGUGAACCAGACAAAUAUUUCUUCACUCUCACUCUCUCUCUCUCUCUCCAUCUCUUUCUGCCAACAUGUCAUUGCAAGUCAAGUUCUUUUCUUGGUCCCUAAAGUAAACAUCAGUGAUUUUUCACAUUUUUCUUUCAAGGGUAAAUUCUUCAAAGGAAGUAAACAAACAACUUUUGUUGUUUUCCAUCAGCUACAGUUGUCUACAUUUGUUUCUGUUUUUAGUAUUUUUAUUUAUUUUUUGUAUUUUUUUGUGCCAUUUUUUGCUACCCUUUGGUUUUUGCAUUUUCAUUCUGAAAGAUGAGGAAGAAUGGAUGGCAGUUACCUUACCACCCUCUUCAGGUGGUGGCUAUUGCUGUUUUUUUAGCUCUUGGUUUUGCUUUCUAUGUGUUCUUUGCUCCUUUUGUUGGGAAGAAGAUUUAUCAGUAUAUUGUUACUGGACUCUACACACCUUUGAUUACUUGUGUCUUUGGACUGUACAUAUGGUGUGCAGCAGCUGAUCCAGCAGAUCCAGGGGUUUUUAAGUCCAAAAAGUAUCUUAAAAUUCCAGACAGCAAAAAGCUUAGUGGAUUUAAAGAUUCUAAACUAGGAGGGGGAUCAAAUUCAUCAGUGAAUGAUGGAAAUGCUUCAACUAUUGGACCAAAAUCUAUGGAUAAGGAAGCAUUCGGAACUGAAGCAAGUUUAAAAGAUGCUUCUAUUUCAAUAGAGAAGAAGAGUGCAUCACCACCUUCACCAUCCUGUUUUCUAUGGCUUUUCUCUCCUUGUGCUUAUAUAUGUAGCUGCGCUAGUUCGCAUGAGCACUCUUCUGAUCUACAAGCAAGUGAAGAUGGCAUGUUCUACUGUAGUUUGUGUGAAGUUGAGGUCUUCAAGUACAGCAAACACUGUAGAGUUUGUGACAAGUGUGUUGAUCGCUUUGAUCAUCAUUGCAGAUGGCUUAAUAACUGUAUUGGGAAAAAGAACUAUCGGAAUUUUUUCACCCUUAUGGUUGCUGCUCUUCUCUUGCUUAUUCUUCAAUGGUUGACUGGGAUAGCUGUGCUUAUCUGCUGUUUUCUCAAGAGGAAGGAAUUUUCCGUGGACGUAUCCUCCAAGUUGGGCAGCAGUUUCUCUCUGGUUCCUUUUGUUAUUGUGGUGGCAGUAUGCACAAUUUUGGCUAUGGUUGCUACCUUACCCCUUGUUCAGCUUUUUUUCUUUCAUAUUCUUCUCAUUAAAAAGGGAAUCAGCACAUAUGAUUACAUCAUAGCUUUGAGGGAGCAGGAUCAGCAAGGAGUUGGAGGUCAGCAGAGCCCCCAAAUGUCGCCUGUUAGCUCAAUUACUGGACUAAGCAGUGCAAGCUCCUUUUCUACUUUCCGUCGUGGUCAAUGGUGCACACCCCCACGCAUGUUCGUGGAUGAUCAGUUUGAUGUAGUGCCGCCAGAAACAGCUUCCGUAAGUUCGCUCGGAAAGAAGACUAUAAGAGAAGAACCAGUCAAAAAAAAGAAUACAGGAGCAGUCAAAAUUAGUCCUUGGACAUUAGCGCGGUUAAAUGCAGAAGAGGUUUCAAGAGCCGCUGCAGAAGCAAGAAAAAAAUCGAAAAUUCUGCAGCCUGUAGUGAGACACAACAACGAGCCAUUCAGGCUAGAAGCUGAUCAUAACUCUGGAAGCAGUGGACGACGAAUGGCCCCUAGGAGGCCAGGUAAACGGAUUCGCUUGCCUGCUGACUUACCUAUGGAAGCCUUAACAAACUAUUCUUCUGGAAAUAUCGACAAAGGCUUCAAUGGAAUGUCUAGUUUAGCCUCUCUCCAGCUUGAAGCACGGAGAAGUCAAGUUGUGUCAAGCUCGGGCGGCAUUGUUGCAUCUUCUCCAGAAAGCAGUUUAGAUUCACCUGAUAUCCACCCUUUUUGUGUGCCUCCGGCGGAAGGCGAAUCCACAAGACGGGUUGCUGCAGGUCUUUCUGUUGCUGGUCCCGCGACUCUGAAAGAAUUUCCGUUGUCGAGGUCAACUAGUGAUGGGUAUGAUGCAUCUGGUGGGGAAGACAGUGACAGGGUUCCUACUAGGAUUGUGAAUGUUCAUAGAUCAGCAACAAAUUGGAGUAAUCUUCUCUUCAAUGCUGAUCAUGAUGAGAGAGGUUAUGAACCAAAAUCAUCAUCUAGCCUUGCUCAUAAUAGAAAGUUGUGACCAAAUCGGGGUGAUAAUUUGACAACAACUAUCCAUCUUUAAGAUUCUAUUGCUGAGAAUUGUUCAUUCUUUGAUUUGUGAGUCCAAAGGAGUUACUUCCAUGUCCCUAAAAAAUUUCUUCUUGUUUUGGAGGUAGGCUGGCUCAGUGAGAACCAAUGUACAAAGUUUUAGGUCACAGUAACUAAUGAAAUGAGCUUGAGCUUCCUAAUAUGUUGUUGUUUUGCGCACCCUAUUUUUUUCAUCAAAUUUUAACCAGAGACCUUGUGUUAUGAAUGGUUUAUGCUGAUUUUUUUAUAUAGUUAAAGAAAAGCACAGGUAACUAUGAAAAUGCUAUUAUUCUC